AUGGCGAUGAACAUACAGCAAGCCUCCCUGGCUAACCAGGGUAAAGAAACACCACGGCUCUUCGUCUUGUCUGCUGUGGACAAGAAAAGUCUCAGAAAAACCGCAUCACAACUUCAAGACUAUCUCCUACCGCAAAACGAUAAAAGAUUAAUGGACGAUUUGGCCUUUACUCUUGCCAAGACACCCAAGUUGUCCUGCAACAGUUAUCUUCUCGCUAGGUCGCUUGAUGAGCUGGAGAAUCGAUUAUCAGACCAGAAUAUUUUCAAUACAACGAUCAAACAGAGUUUGAGGAUUGGCUUUAUCUUUACUGGCUCCGGAGCCCAGUAUCGACAUAUGGGACAGCAGCUAUUAAUAUACUCUGCGUUUAAAGAAUCCCUCGACGAGGCGGCAAAGUAUAUGCAGAGCCUAGGCAGUCUAUGGUCACUCACAGAUGAACUCUUCCACAACCCAAACAGUGACAUUCACAAUCCCGCGAUUUCCCAGCCGGCCUCAGUGGCCAUUCAGAUUGCCCUUGUAGAGCUUCUUGCGACCUGGAAUAUCCUCCCUUCUUAUGUGGUUGGUCAUUCCUCCGGUGAGAUUGCCGCCGCAUACUGUGCAGGAAGAAUAUCCCGUGAAGCUGCCUGGAAGAUUGCAUUUUGUCGUGGAUAUGUUUCAGUAAAGAGAAAAUCCCUCGGAGAAACCAUGAUGGCCGUUGGGCUUGAGGAGGAGAAGCUGCAGUAUUACCUGGAUGCAGUCCGCAGUCAAUACACUGGCGAAAUAGUGCUUGCAUGUUUAAACAGUCCAUACAACUGCACCGUCUCUGGCGACAAAGUGAUGGUUGACGCGCUGAAGUAUUUCCUCGAUGCCGACGGAAUUUUUGCACGGAAGAUCAAUGUCCAAAAUGCCUAUCAUUCGUCAAAGCACAUGAAGCCCAUUGCUGACGAAUAUUUGCGACUAAUAGACCCAUUGCCAUCGGGCAGGUUCUUCGUCUCGAACCCCGAAGUUGAGAUGUUUUCCACCGUCACCGCAGGGAAGAUUGCGAGCCCUUCUUUGCCUCCUUCAUACUGGGUGGAUAAUGUCAUUAACCCUGUCCGAUUCAUCGAUGGUGUGCGCGCAAUGCUCUCUGGUCCAUCGAUAGACGUUAUCGAAAUAGGACCACACGCGGCCAUGCGAAGUGCAGUCAAUGAGACUGCUGGAUCUCCCAUUUCAUACUCGUCAUUGCUUGACCGGAAGGAUUCUACGGUGGAAACUGCCUUGAAGACAGUUGGAAAUCUGGCCACCAAGUCAGCUUCUGUCGGUCUAUACGAAAUCAACCACAGCCACCAAAAGUAUAACCCUCAGUUUCUGACAGACCUCUUCCCACACCUCGCUGGAGCAGAUAUCGUUGAAAAACAGAGCAAGACAUACUGUCGAGAACAUUUACGGAACAAAUGGAAACCAGAUGUCAACAUGCUCACCAACUCUUCCUUCCACAGCUUAAUGCCGGCACAAGCUCCCAGAAUACAGCCACAGAACCUCCAUCAAAUGCAACUCGCAUCGGUGUUGUUGAUCACAGACGCCCUCGGCCAACUCAGAGAUCGCCCAGCGAGGAUUUUCAAAGGGCAUUUGCAGCGGUAUUAUGAGUGGAUGAAACUAGUCGCUGGUGAUCUUGUCACAGAUUCACUGGCUCUGGUGCCUCUGGAACAAUGGAGUCUAUUCACAGGAGAGCAGAAAGCCAAGGAUAGGCUGUAUCAAGCCGUACGGAAAACCCCUCAAGGGCGGCUCCUCGUGCGAAUGGGAACAAAUAUACCUGCCAUUCUACAUGCAGAGGUCAGCCCGCGGUAUUUGAUGUGUGAAAAAGACAAUCUGAUGAAGUUGUAUUGCGACACGCUGUCUGGGCUAGGCGAUAUCCCGGCCUCGUUGGCAUCAUACUUCUCCAUCAUGAGGGAAGGCUGUGCCGAUCUGCGAGUCCUCCAAGUGGGAGGUGCAACUGGGGGGUUCACGAAGCGCUGUCUACAGUCGCUCUGCCCACAGUUUGAAAAGCCGACUGUGGCAGAAUAUACAUUCACAGAUGUGUCGAACGCAGAGUUCUCGCAGAUUAAAGACAACCUAGAGGAGUGGCAAGAUCUUCUGUCCUUCCAGGAACUGGAUAUACAGGAAGACCCUGUUGUCCAGGGGAUUGCACCCGGUUCAUACAAUAUGGUUAUCGCUGCAGAUACGCUUCAUACAGCAGCAGAUUUACAAAAGGCCUUGCAACAUACCCGGUCACUUCUCAAGCCCGGAGGAAAGCUGGUGGUCCAAGAAGGCAUCAGACAGGAUCUACUGUGGACUCCGUUGACCUUUGGUCAAUUCCCAGAAUGGUGGAAUGCGAUCGAACCGGUGCGACGGUGGUGUCCCUUCAUCACUGUCCCCCAGUGGGAUACUCUUCUUCGCCAGUGCGGAUUCUCGGGUGUGGAUAUUGAGAUGCCCAGUUCGCAGGACUGGACCGUGAAUGCCGAAAGUGUUAUGGUGUCCACUGCAGUCGCAGCCAGCAGUUGGCAGGAAAAGGUCGUCAUUCUCUGUCAGGACAAUCACACAGGGUCUGAGAUAUCCGAGCUGCAGAGCGCGCUUCUACAGAAUCCUCACAUCGGGACAUGCCUUGUUAUGCAACUUGAUGAUGUGGACGAAAGAGAUCUGGCGAGCAGUGUGUGUAUCUCAUUUCUGGAUCUGCCAGAGGGAGCGCUGAUUAAUUCUUCUGAGCAAUAUAACGACAUAAGGCAUGUUCUGUCAACCUGCAGGCGAUUGCUAUGGGUUACAGACCCUGCUGGCAGCACCGAAGUCAUCCAAACAGCACGAUCGAGCCGUGGAACAGACUCGAAUCUCGUCACUCUGACGGCCGAGUUCGGUCCCUUCUCAACUGACAAUCUAGUCUAUUCCAUUUCCACCAUCUGCCAGUUCCAGUUCAUGAACGAACGCAGUGAUGUCGCGAAUGCUGAUUAUCUCCAGCGCGGUGGCGUGAUCUACCGUCGCUGA